GACAACGCGCUCACACGUGCUCUAGCUGGGGUGCACGCUGCUGGGACCCUCGGCCCUAAUUCCCAGGGAGUAACUUCGCACCCUGGGCAGUAACCGGGCCCCGAGGGGACAGCAUGGGCAAAGCCCAGGAGGCCGGCUGGGUGGCGGGCCUGGUGCUCGGGGCCAGCGCUUGUUACUGCGUUUACCGACUGACCUGGGGGAAAGAAAUGAGCAGGAAGACUGCGGCUGCGGGCGAGAGCCGAGGCUGCCCCGCGGGGCCGGGGAGGACGCUCCCCCAGCGGGGCUCCGGACUCCGCGUCACGUCUAGCCCCUCCCCUCCAGCAGAGAAUGACUGUACCAAAUCAUCUAGUAUACUGGAUGCUCAGCAUCUUAAAAAACUCAUUUGCUUGCUAGAGUCGACUGAGGAUCCUUUAAUUCGUGAAAGAGCUUUGAUUACACUGGGUAACAGUGCUGCUUUUUCAGUCAGUCAAGAUAUUAUUCGUAAUUUGGAUGGUCUCUUAGUUAUUGGAAACAUACUGAAAGAUCCCAACCCCAAAAUUAAAGAGAAGGCUUUAAACGCACUAAAUAACUUAAGUAUGAAUAUUCAGAAUCAGAAGGAAAUUAAGGUAUUCCUCAGCCAAGUCUGUGAGGAGACAUUCUCAUCUCCCUUGAAUUCAGAUCUACAGUUGGCUGGCCUGAGAUUGUUAACAAACAUGACAGUCACCAAUGACUAUCAGCACUUAAUUGCCAAUUCAAUUUCAGGCCUCUUUGAUUUGUUAUCUGUGGGAAAUGAAAACACCAAGAUUCAGACUUUAAAAGUGCUUUUGAAUUUGUCAGCAAAUCCAGCCAUGACAAAAGAACUUCUCAAUGUACAGGUGCCAUCAUCACUGAUUUUCCUCCUUGAUGGAAACAUGGAGAAGGAAAUUCUUCUUCGUGUCCUUACACUCUUUGCAAAUUUAAAAGACAGUAUAAAGCAGAAAGACAACGCAUUUGCCCAGCAUCAGUUUAAUAACACUUCUCUUUUCUUUUUACUAUAUGGAGAAUCUACAGAGUGUACCGAGAAACUGCUAUCCUUAUCAUGUCACCAUGAUGUCGAUGUGAAAGAGAAAGUUGCAAAAAUACUUACUAUACUUUGAUUGGCCUUGUAUUUAAAAACAAAACAAAACACUGUGAGGAAUAACUCAGUGUUGCAGUCUGUGAGCAAGACAAGUGGUUUUGACCUGUUGCCAUAUUUGGGACUCUCACUCCUUAAUUACAGUGGUGGCUGUAGAGCCUUGGGGCAGAGAGAGAAAAUUCAUUUAGGAAUGUUGUUCCUGUUGGCAAAAAUAAAACUAAGGUUCUGAUUGGCUGUUUGCUUGUAUAGUCUCUUUGCCAUUUAUAGUAACCAAGGGAAAGAAGUAGAAUCUAUGAAGAUUUCCAGGAUUUCUUAUAACUUUGAGCAGUAAAAUGAAACUAGAAGGAUGGGAUCCACCAAUCAGAGUAUGCACUGAAGCAAGGAACCUGAAGAUAUCUGGAAAAUCCUUUGUGACUUUCUGGUCUGGUGGCUGGUUGUUGUCCUUCAUUCUUGAAAAGUACCAAAACGAUGUCACUGUGUUAGAGUCAAUUUAAAAUAUAUCUGAUUGUGGCUGAUCAGACCAAUCUGAGCUCAGAAUGCUCUGCUGCAGGUCAGGCACAAAUAAUCUACGUGAACAUUUGGAAUGGAUUGUUCAAAUCUGUGCAUCUCACGUUUCUUUUGAGCUAUUUAUUCUGCUUUGCUCAUAGAGCAUAACACCUUUUCUGAUGAGGGCAUGCCAUGGUAGGUGGUCCUAUGCCAGUGUCUCCCAUGUCACACAGUGAAUUCCAAAAUUCCUAAGGACAGACCUUGAGAGUUUGGUCUAAGACACUAAUGAAGCCCUUGAGGACUCCAUUCCUGGAGAGCUAAUUCAGAUUCAUCUACUCUUGAUAGUGUGGCAUGAGAUUAUUACCCAAAGAGAAAUCUGUUAUGAUUUUACACUUGAAUCCUCGAAAAAUUGAAAAAAUUAUCGUGAGCUAAAAUGUCCAAGUUUGUUAAAAUAUCCUUAAUUCAAAUGAUUGAGAAUUUUCUGGUUGGCUUUGAGUUCAAGUGAACAGUACAGAACUUAAGAAUCAGGGAAUUUUGAUGUGUGAAAGCUACAGAGUAAUGUUUAAAAAUAUAUCACAAUGUUUAAAAUUUAAAUAGCUUUCAUAAAAUCAACAAAAUAAAGUCACUUUAACUAAUGUGCAAAAUAAAUGUGACCAGUAAUUUGUGUGAUGUUUUAUUCUCAAAGUGAAUAAAAUCACCCCUUUGUGUCUAGUCCCUGCAGUAUUUUGCUUUAUUGUAACACAACCUAAGAAUAGUCUUAAUCUAUAUCUAGCAUAUACCUGGAUUCCAGUGUCUUCCACUAUCAGGAUUUGAAAUUGAGAUGAAUCACUUAACCUGUCUGACAAACCUCAUUUGCAAAAUAGGGAUAAAUUCAUUCCAAUCUCCCCAGGGUUAUUUUAAGAAUCGAAUCAAUUAAUAGAUGUGAAGUUACUUUAAAAGUACCCUACCAAUACAUGGGACUUGAAAGAACACCAACGGGAAUCAGAGGACCUGAGUACCAUCCCUGCUCUUCCAUCUGCUCCCUGUUUGAUCUUAGGCAAGUCACUAAAGCCUCAGUUUCCUCAUCUGAAAAGCAGAGGCUGGAUCUGUAAGGGCCCUUCCAGCUCCAUAUCUAGGGUCUUACUGUUGGACUAGGACAGGAAAAUUGGUUCAGUUAACAGCAAGUCGUCUUCUGUCUGAUAAAUGGAUUUUUCUAAGUAUGUACUAUGUGCUUUCAUUUUGGGGUAUGCUGUUUUAAUGAAUUGUGCUUUUUAAGCACAGGACUCUAAAGUGAUUAUUUCAGUAUUAUUUUAGAGUGACUGUUAUUACUAACAUUUGUAUUAUGCAUAACUCACUUUUUGUCUUAUAAAAAGACAUUUUUGUUUAGUAAAGGUUAUUAUAAGGUAUAUUAAAUGACACUGGAGAAAUCUCAACCAAAUAAACUUUUCGUGGCUCA